UGCGAUAGGACUCGAUGCAGGACGUGAGAGCUGCAACUUUGUCAAGUGGUUUGUAACAGGAAUACUGGUUUUGCAACAACCAUGGAGGAGGAGAUGGAUACCGAACAGUUGAAGAUGAAAUGUCACAGUUGUGGUCACAUUACUAAAGAGAAAGCUCCCAAAUUCUGCAGCCAGUGUGGAACCAGACUGGUAGAAAGCAUUGUGGAGGCUGCAAUGCCCCUAAUUAGUGGGAAGACUGAAGCUGAAGCUACAGAUGCAUCAAUACCUAUGGAUGUAGACCUGGAGCUGUGUUCCACUUCCAACACGGCCACGGAAAGUGAAAUGUCCUCGCUAGAACCAGAGGCUCCUCCUUGUAAAUUGCAGUGUGGCCAAAACUCUGACUUGAUGGCCAUUUCAGAAAAAGAAAGCAAAACGUCUGAGUGUUCACGAAAAGGGAGCUCAAAUAAAAAAAAAAAAAGGAAAAAGAAACCAAAAAAGUUGAAUGCAGCUGAGAUGGCGUCCUCUACUCCUCAGCUCAGGCACUUGAGCAAAAGUGAACAGAAGGAUAUUGAAACUGAACUACACAAUAAAGUUGCUGCAGCUGAUGAACAUCCUCCUAAUUCACCAGGUAUUGAGGAAGUUUCGGCUAGCUGUGAUCCAGUUGGAAAUCUGGUAAAUCUAGACAUUGAUACAUUCCAAAGUGACAUUGUAUCUGGUAAGAACAAGAAUGGUGCAGUCCACUCUAUUACUGAGAGUGAUCUGCUUCAGCCAAACAAGAGUGACAAAUCAGCCUAUGUAAUAAACGAAGGAUCAUUAAUCACUGAGAAAUUGAGCAGCAGGAAAGAUGGCACUCAACCUGGAAGAGGAAGUACUCCAGACAAAGCUGAAUCAACAUUGACUAGUGCUGUCAGUAAGCAACUUCAUACAGCUGACAGUGACUUAAGUAAUUCUGUUGAAGGAAAUAAUAAUCAGUAUGGUAUGAAGAAAGAAAAAGACAUUCUGCUUACUCAGAAAAAUAAAAAAAGGCAAUCAAAUAAUUUGAGUGCAGCUGUUCAAAGUAAAGAGAUUCCUUCUGCUCGACAAUCUGAAAAUUUGUAUUCAGAUUGCAGUAGGUGGUAG